UGGUGGCUAGAAGGAGCCACUAUACCUGUGGUUCCGUUGGAUUCGUUGGGUUUAUGCGUUCGUCGGCGAGCGACGCACCCACAAACGUCGAUUUGUUGUCCGUAUCAUUCCGUACUACUUACGGUGUUCUCUGGUACUACGCGCUUCGAUAACCACAGCUGUAACGAUCAACAACGCCUGGCCGGCGGAAACGACAACAUGUACAAUGGCAUUGGGCUGCAGACUGCCCGUGGCAGUGGCACCAAUGGCUAUGUCCAGCGCAACCUUUCACUAGUGCAGCGCUCGCGUGACAAGGUCAACUACAAGACAGAGGAGGACAUUCAGCGCCUAGAUGCACAGCUCAUCCGCAAAGCCAAUUCAGAGAUCCUUGAUCAUGAACGCAAGCGCAAGCUUGAGAUCAAGUGCCUCGAGCUCCAGGAAACCAUGGAAGAGCAAGGAUACGAAAAGGAUGAAAUAGCCACCAAGGUGGACGAGCUGCGUGAACUUUUGCAGCAGCAGGGCCACCUGCUGGACUUCCCGGCUCCCAAGGAUGAGGCAGGCCGCUCCAUUGUGAAAGAAACGCACCAGAUGGCAGAGGCCAACCACGAGAAGAAUGCCAAGCUCAAGGAGGCCUUGGGCAUCAGCAGCUUUUUUGUGGAAGGCAGCUCCUUUGACCCAGACCGCAAAAACCGUGAGGCGGCAGCUGCUCUGCACAACAAGCAGCAGCAGCUACACAGUCUUGUUCCCGAUUCGGACAGCUCUCCUGAACAGAAGUGUAGGAAGAAAAAAAGCAAAAGGAGUCCUGUGCCCAAGAAAAAGAAGAGCUCAAGGAAGCGUGCAAGGUCGGAAUCUCCUGCGGUGGUGAAGCGCCACCGAAAAAGCAAGCCUAAGAAGAAGCAGGCAUCCAAAUCGAAACGCAAGUCCUGGAAAAGUCCUGUGACAGAGAGCCGACGCAAGCGACAGCGACGAUCUCCAUCAGUGUCUAGCAGUUCAGAAGAUGAGAGCAGCGAUGAGUCAUCACUGUCAUCCUCUGAGGAUGACAGCGAGUUGUCCUCAUCUGAGGAAAGCAGCCCAGAGCGAAGUAGGCAUGGCCAAAAGAAGAAGUCUAAAAGAACGCACCACAAAUCGGUCGGCAGCAAGCCCCACAAGUCUCGGAAGGACGGCAAGCAGAAGCGGCACCGCGCUGAGGAACAACGACACAAGAAGCCACUGACUACUGGCGGGGGGGACAAGCACCGGAGGGGGACGCACAGUGGCGACAGCUCGGAGGAAAACAAGGCGCUCCUCCGCUCGUCCAGCAGUGACUCGGCUGGCCACCGCAGGAGGCUGUCCACCAAGAAGAAGCACAAGUCUCGCAGGGACACCAGUGAGGAAUCGUCAUCUGAGCAGUCGUCUUUGUCGUCUUCUUCCCAGGACGAGGAGCCACAGAGAAAGAGGCCUACCAAAGCGGGCCGUGGGGACCCAAAGGAAGCAGUCAAGGUCAAACCAAGUAAACCCAACAAGACCAGCAAGGAGCACAACAGUGACCAUGAUAGUCCCUCCAGGCGGUGCUCAAUGCCAUCGAGUCGACCGGCCCAGCAGGAAGCUUCCUCUCCGAAGCAGCCCAACGGACACACUGCACCCCCUCGUCCAGCACCUGCCUCCCAGUCACGCUCCAGGUCUCGCAGCAAGGGUCACCGACAUUCCCCACGGAAUUCACCACACCACCGUCACAGGGACUCACGAUCACCAUCCUACAACUCGUACCGCAACAGAUCCCCAGGACGAAGUCGCUCACGGGACCGCUCUUACAGCAGCAGGAGCUACUCGCACAGCUCACGGUCUUGCUCGAGGUCAUCUCGCUCGAGGUCAUACGCUCGUAGUCCUUCCAUUCCGCGUCGCAAAGGCUCCCCGAGCUUUCUAGAUAAGAGGCGCAUAACCAGUUUUGCGUUUUCACUUCUGCUUGGUUUGGGUCCAGGGCUCCUGAUGCUAAGGUGAGGUACAGCAGCAGCAGCCGAAGUCGAAGCAGCUCCCGACAUGGCCGCCAUCGUCGCCGAAGGCGGUGACCUUCCAUUUUUUUUUUUUGCCUUUGUUGCCUUUUUUUUUCUUUCUCCCUCUCUCUCUCCUUGCUCUCCUAACAGAGGCACUAAAAGACUCCUGCCAAGAUCUCAUUGUUGUGCAUAAUUAUGGCUUCUGGGAGGACACGGACAGAGAUUUUACCUUUUAUGUUGACAGCACAGUAUACCUAGCUCUAUCCAAAAUGAGCGACAAAUAAAGUCUUGGUUUCAUACGUGUUC